AUGGCGGCGGAGGCGCGAAAGCCGAAGCAGCAGCAGCAGCAGCAGCAGCGACAGGCGCCGCAUCCGCCGCCCCUGCAGUGCCCGCGGUGCGGUUCGACGAACACGAAAUUCUGCUACUACAACAACUACAACACUUCGCAGCCGCGGCACUACUGCCGCGCCUGCGAGCGCUACUGGACCCACGGCGGGGCCCUCCGCAACGUCCCCCCCGGCGGCGGCGGUGGCGGCAAGAAGCGCGCCGCCAAAAGUAGAACCGCCGAUCCGAAUUUCCCGACGCCCAAUUCCAGCAAACUUCCCAAGCUCAACAUCAUCGCUGACGCCGCUGCCGCCGCCGCCGCCGCGAUGGCGCCGCCACCACCAACGCCAAUCUUCCACGGCGGCAUCGAGGGGUUGGCGUUGCGUCCUGCGGCGAUCAAUCCGGGAGAAUUUUUCGGGGGAUUGAGGGGUUUCCAACCCUAUAGUAACAACAACAUGAAUUUUCCGCACGUGCCGCCGCAUGGAGCGGUACUCAACGUCCUCGGCGAUCGUCCUCUGACGCCGUUUCUCCAGGCGACGAUCGCGACGAACCUAUUCGUCCAACCCGGAACUCCGCGUGUUUUUACUACUACUGCUGCUGCUGCUGCACCGACUAUAGCUACUACUACUGGUGGUGAUGGGUCUGGCUUCUGGAAUAGCUUCUUUUUGCCCGGCGUUUCUUCAGCUGCUUCUGCAGAAGCAGCUCCGCUGCUGCCACCGCCUCCGACGACGUCGACGUCGUCGACAAUUCCAUAG